CAAACACUCUCUCAAACUCUCUCUCUCAAACUCUCUCUCUCUCUCUCUCACUCGCUCUGUUGUAGCGUCUUGUUUGAGCUUUGACACGAUGCCGGUGAUGCCGGGUAGACAAGAGGUGCUGGUCCUGGUGGCGGCUCUGGCAGGGCUGGGAGCUUGCACGGCACCUCCCAGCAUCACGGCGCAGGUCACGGGGAGCUUGCUGAUUGAGAGUGCAGACCAUGUGCAUCUCAAUAGUAGUGGCGGUGGAUCGGUUUGGGUCGACGGGCUAGAUCUUGCAGCCCAUUUGGCCCUCUGGCAGACGGUCAAGGUACAAAACCCACAGUUGUCGUGGAGCGUGCCAUCCGCCCGGGUCGUGGGCGCUGGUGUCAACGGCCCUCGAGCCGUGCAUCUGGCGGAUCUCAACCAGGACGGCCAUCUCGACGUGGUCGCAGGCCUGUACCUUGAUGACAAGGUCAUCUGGUAUCGCAACCAGGGCAACGGCACCUUUGAUGCGGCACAGACCAUUUCCUCGGCGACUAACGCCGCCACGGCGGUUUACACAGCAGACUUGGACAACGACGGUGAUCAGGACGUUCUCAGCGCCAGCUACCAGGACGACAAGGUGGCGUGGUACCGCAAUGAUAACGGUGUUUUCUCCAACCAAAUGGUGCUGGGCACGACCAACGGGGCGCGUGACGUCGUGGCUGCAGACAUGGGAACCUCGGGCCAGAUGGACGUGUUUGCGGCGGGCACGCUGUCGGACCGGAUUGUGCAAUUUCCGUCCACGGGGUCGGCUUUUGGUAGCAAAAUCGACCUCGAGCUCAACGUGAAUGGCCCCCACGUCGUUCGGACGGGAGACUUGGAUCAGGAUGGCUUUGUGGAUGUGAUCACCGCUGGCAGCAGCGACGGCACGCUGUACUGGCUACGCAACCAGGGCGGCAGCAGCUUUGCCCUGGAAACCGAUGGCAUCAUUCAUGCCCAGCUGGCUAGCCCACGCGAUGUGCAGGUUGCCGAUCUCAACGGCGAUGCUAGUCUCGAUAUUGUCGUGUGCAACGCGUAUGACAACACGGUGCUGUGGUUUGCCAACGAUGGAACCGGCAAGUUUGGGCCAGCACAGGCGGUAUCCUCCGUCCUUCGCAGCCCCACCUCGUUGGCCACAGUGGAUUUGGACGAAGACGGGGACCUGGACAUUGUCUGUGCCAGCGGGAACGACGGCCUUGUGAGCUGGCUUCGCAACAACGGCGAUGGCUCCUUCUCUGCAGCGAUGACUCUGAUGAGCGGGGCACAGUUGCCCUACGACGUCGCAGCCGGGGACGUGGAUGGGGACGGCCAUCCAGACGUUGUCGUGGCCAGUUAUUCCGAUGAUGCCAUCUUCUGGAUACGCAACGAUGGCUGGGCCAACCUCAGCGAGACCCGUUUGGCGACUGCCUAACGCUCGGCGUUGCAUCUAAACCGGGUUGACCAUUCAAUUGAUAGUUUCAUUG